GAGGCGGCAUGGCCCGCACGCUUGACGUUCCAGAGCGGCAGAUCUUAGUAUAUUUCUUCGACGCCCCCAACGGGUUUCGAUGGCAUAUGCGAUUGCUCGCCCUGGCCACGCCCAACCCUGGGCAGUGGAUAUGUUCGACGCCAGACCUGAGCAUUCAGUUCAUCGACGUCACCACCCACAGGGUGAUCCCCCUCGCGCGGGACUCGGAGCUCCCGCGGCGGAUCAGAGGCGAGGUCUACGCCUUCGAUCCGUUGACCCCCGAGGAGCUCCAGCAGGUCCGCCGAGAGGCCAAGGAGCUGCUGGCCGUCUACGGGCUCACGGGGGGCGCGGACGCGCAGCCCGAGGGUGGGCGCUGGCUGAUCGCCGACCCCGCGCACCUGGGCUUCGGCGACGCGCUCCCCGCCGCGGCCCUUGCCGAUGACGACAGCCUCACCCUCCGAUUCGACCGCGGCCUCGCCUGCGUGGACGAGGACUGGCGGAUCCUCGGCGACGAGCGCGCGAACGGGGUGCCCGUGCUCUCUCUCGCCGCCGCGGCGAGGGCCAGCAGCAAGGCCCUUCGGCCUGGCUGGCCCUUCCGCGGCGACGCCUGCGCCCCGGAGCUUGUCAUUGCGCUCGUCGCGGCGGGGGUCGUGUUCAUCGCCCGCCACCUGGACUGGAGAACGAAGUCGGGGGUCAGUACUACGUCGGGGGUGUGCCGGACGCACCGCCGCAUCUGCGAAGGCCUCGACCAGGCCAUCUGCUACGACCAACUCGACUUCGCUAACUGCGCGGUCAUCGAGCACCUCGCCCGCUGGCUCUACGAGGUGGAGUCGGCGGUCAGGAGGGACCCGAAGGUGCCAGACUUCACGAACCUGGACGGCAUCUUCGCGGACGGGCGGAUGCAGCUGUCGACCUUCUCCAAGUGGGUCUCCUCGCUCCGCCGCGACGAGGCUCAGAUCAUGAAUCAGGAGCGGCUCUGGAGCGAGGAGCACGGCAUCGACCACACCGAGCACAAGGGCAAGGGCGGCAAGGGGCCAGGCCGCGGCGGCGGCAAGGGCCCCAAGCCCUCUGCCGAGUCCUCUGGCGACGCCUGCUUCGACACCGCCUGCUGCCCGGGCGCCCCCCUCGUCGCCAUCUCUGUGCUGACGCUCCUCGUGGGCGUCCCCUUGGUCGGUGGAGGCCCCGAUGUGAGCUACGGCACGGUCGAGCUUGGCGGUCCGAUGAUGCGGGAGAUGGCCCUCGACCUGACCCCGCCAAGCCGUCGCCUCGCGGAGGCGCAGCGCUCGAUCAUCUCGCGCGUCAGCCGGCGCAUCGAGAGCCACGGGGAACGACCCGACAUCCUGCCCGCCACCGCCUACGCCGACCUCAUCGAGAGUCACGAGCUCCGCGGCUGCCUGGGCACCGAGGGUCGCAGGUACCUUGACCACGCCGACGAGCUUAUCUUCAGGACUGAGGGCGAGCUUGACGUCCUCCAGGAGAACGAGCUCAUCCAGCCCGUCACGCCGUAUUGGGACCCGAUCCUGAAGAACAACCGCCGCGCCAGGGUAGACUUCAUCAAGCGCCUCGCCUCCGUAGGCCUCGUCGGGUUCAGGCUCUCCAUCCGUGGCCGCAUCGGCGCCUUCUGCGUGGGCAAGAAGGACGGAUCCCUCCGCCUCGUCCUCGACGGGCGUGAGCCCUCCUCGCUCCACAGGAGGCCGCCCCACGCCGCCUUGGGAUCCGCUGGGGCCCUCGCAGGGCUCGACCUCUCUGACCAAGCCCUGCGGUCCCAGGGCGUCGAUCCCCAGGCGGCCGACAUCCACGCGGCGGGCCUGGACCUGAAGGAUGGGUUCUACCAGUUCGCGAACGACGACCUCGCGGACUGGUUCGGGUUCAACUACCCCGAGGCCGCGUCCGACUUCGGCGACCCACUGGUGUACAUCCCUGCCGACAGCCGCUUCGUCCAGGUGUCGAGCGACACUCGGAUCUUCGCGGUCUUUCGGGGCCGCUUGGUGCACGAGCGGCGCCCCGCGCCCUUGCUGGCGCCCGGCUGUCCCGUGUCCCAGCCCUACGUGGACAACGCCAACGUCAUCAUUCUCAGCCGCCGGGACACCGAGCGCGCGCUGCGCGGCAUCCAGCACGUCCUGGACUACUUAGGCAUCGACUACCACGACCUGGUGGAGCCCACGAAGUUGUGCACCGCGGUGGGCGUCGUGCUCGACACGGCUGCGCGCCGCCUUCGCCAUGCGGGGGCUCGCGCUUGGCGCCUGUACCUUGGCGUGGAGCAUCUGCUUCGUGUGCGUCGUGCAUCUGGCCGUGCCCUUCGAGUCGCGUACGGCCACCUGGUCAAUCACAUCAUGAUCACGCGGCCAGCGCUCGCGGCGCUGGACGAGGGGUGCCGCUUCAUCGCGCAGCACCUGGACGAGCGGCCCCCCCUCGGCCGCCUCCUGCUGGACGAGCUCCGUGUGGUGAAGGGUCUGCUGCUGCUGGCCGACGUGGACCUCGCCGCCCCCUGGUCGCGUGUAGUCCACUGCAGCGACGCGUCGGGCGGCGAGCUGCGUGGCUGGGCGGGCUGGCCUUUCGCCGUCGCGGGGAACGGCGGCUACGCCCUCCACGAGACGGCCUGCGUCGACUACGAGGUCAUGCAGGCUUUCAGGUACCGCGAGCGCUGGAGGUUCAAGAUGGAGGACGAGGAGCUGGUCAUGCCGGGGGCCCCGAGCGACGAGAUCCGCGGCUGGGCCCCUGAGCCCACGGCCACCUCCGACCUGCUCAUCGCCGGCCUCCUGGCCCCCAGCUGCGAGCCGUCGGUGAUCGACCGAUGCCUCCCUCGCACGAGGACCGUCAUCGUGCUGGGCGCCGUGCCAGCUCUGGACGACGCCCUCCUGGUCCGCAGCCGUUGGAAGAUGAUCGUGCGAGGCGCCUUCAGGUACAAGGCCUCCAUUCACGUGAAGGAGGCUCGGACCCAGCUCCUCGGCCUCGUCCGCGCCUCGCGCGAUCCCCGCAUGCGCGGCCUCCGCGUCGGCAGCCUGGGCGACAACAUGGCGGCGCUCCUCAGCUUCGAGAAGGGGCGCGCCCGUGACAGGGCCCUCCUCCAGCUCUGCCAGGUCAGUGCCGCCCGCCAGAUCGGGUGCGAUAUCCAGUGGAAGCAGCGCUACUGCGAGUCAGGCCGCAACCCGACGGACGCCGACAGUCGUGCUGCUGACCUGGGACAUGUCCUACCUGAUCAUCCCCAGCGUGGCUGCUCGCGGGCCCUGGCCAUCAUCGAGUCGGCCAACGCGGGGCUUGCCACGGAGCCCGCGGGGCCCCUUGCUCGCGUGCGGCGCCCCGCACCCUGUGGGCCGGCCGCUGGCCUCCUGCCUGGCGGGGCGGCCGCGCGCCUUGCCAGGGUCGGCGCCUUCGCGCGGCGGAGGCCCCCUCAGGCUGGCGCCGUGCACGGGCACCCAGCGCCAGGGCCCCCUGCGCCCGGGCCCCCUCGCGCCGCCCCGCAGGCCACGCCGCGCGGACAGCCGUGCCAGCGCGCCCACGGGGGCCGCAGCCGCUGCCGGGCAUUUUGCGAGCUCUACGCGGGCACCGGCAG